GGGCGUGUCAGAACGGGCUUGUAGAGGGUGGUGGCAUUGGUCGCUGUAGCUGACGAAGCCAUUGUUGGUUUGACUGAUCGAAAGAAGAAAAGAAGGAAGAAUCGAAAGGGGUUGAGAGUGGUCUGUUGGCUAAGAACAUGUCGCCCAGAUUUGAGCCACUCUUCAAGCCACAGCCAGCUUAUGACACUCGAGAAAACGGACAAAGGAAACACCGUUCAUCAGCCGAACAAAGUAAUAAGGGAGAAAAGAGGGCAUUCGGAAGUCCGAAAAAGGGGCUGAAAAGUAAGGAAAGAAGAGAUGUGCGUGGUUUGAAGGGAUAUACGUAGAAUGAAGGGAUAUGCCGACUGUGGCUUGAAAUGCG